CUAACAGUAAAUGAAAUAGGCGAGAUUUUGCUUCCAAUCUCACUUGGCCCUGUUUAGUGCGCAGAAUCAAAUUUCUCCUUGACGAUGGCGAAUACUCUACAACGUGCCCUACGCGCCACUAUGGUCCGUCGGUUCUCCACCCAGGCACUGGUCGAAACCAAACCAGGCGAGAUCGGAAUGGUUUCUGGAAUUCCUCAAGAACACCUUCGUAGGAGGGUUGUAAUUUAUUCUCCCGCUAGAACUGCAUCUCAGCAAGGAUCUGGGAAGGUUGGAAGAUGGAAGAUCAACUUCUUAUCAACCCAAAAGUGGGAAAAUCCACUGAUGGGCUGGACAUCCACUGGGGAUCCCUAUGCUCAUGUUGGUGAUUCUGCCUUGACUUUUGAUAGUGCAGAAGCGGCAAAAGCAUUUGCAGAGAAACAUGGUUGGGAAUAUUCGGUCAAGAAGCGCCAAACACCAUUGCUGAAGGUUAAAUCAUAUGCGGACAACUUUAAAUGGAAGGGCCCACCCAAACCUGCUGAAGAGUGAUUGCUUGGUUUGUAUUCAUGUUAAUGUAUUCCGGCUUCAGGAGUUUCAACAUGCAGCAGUUUCCUCUGCAUAUUUUCUUGGAAAAAGAAAGUUUUAAUGUGAAUUACUUGUUGAAAAUAAAAUGGGACUGAUCUAAUAUGAUUGAUUCGACCUAA